CUGGAGGACCAAAGUCUGGGAAUCACUGCUCUAUACUAUACCACUAGGAACUCCUUUUCUUCUCUAUCUACUGAAGCAGCUGCUUUGCUUGGUGCUCAACAUAUUGCCAAGUGUGUUGCUGUCACCUAUCAUGCUUGCCUUGCACUUUGGAAAAGGGAAUGAAUUUUCCACCUUCACCCUCAAUUGCUGGAUUCUGCAACUUUGUCCAGAAAUCCGCUCUCAGAAAUGCACUUGUGCUUGUUAUUUAGGUUGCUUUUACAUUUCUGUCUUGGAUAAUAAAACUGGGAACUACAGUUGGCCCUAUUUGUGGCUUUGAUUGAUAUGUUCUCUCUAGGAAUCUCUAGGUCCUCCAGCGUGACUCUGCUGUAGAGAUUCCCAAACUUUGGCUCUCUUCAGCCCCCAGAAGCCCCAACCACUAUAGCAAAUGUUCAGGAAUCCUGGUAGUUGAAGUCCAAAAUGCCUGGAGUUUGGGAAUCACUGUGGCUGGAAAUGGACCAUAAGAGUUGUGCUGGAGGAUCUAGAGAGUUUCCUAGAGAAAACAUUUCUCUAGACAUUUGUAGGCCUUCCAGUGUGAUUCUUUGAUCACCUUCCAGCAGAUGUUGACCAUAAUGUUGCCCUAGAGGAUCUAGAAAUUCCCAGAAAGCCACUUUGAUUGCUUUAUUACAAAAAGCGAGCACAAUGCGCGUGUGCUGGCUAGUGAGCAAAGAUAGAAGCUGUCAACGAAUUAAACUUCCACAUUUAGAAAUGGUGGUGAUAGGGCGUGGCCCUGAAACAGAGAUAACAGACAAGAAAUGUUCACGAAGACAAGUGGAACUAAAAGCCGACUGCAAUAAAGGUUAUGUUAAAGUUAAACAGAUAGGUGUCAAUCCUGCAAGCAUUGAUUUAAUGGAUAUUGGCAAAGACCAGGAAAUUAAACUGAAGCCAGGACAAGUUCUCCAUAUUGUCAAUAAGUUGUAUCCAUAUACUGUACAAUUCUCAGAAGAGAUGGGAGCCUGUGUUGGUUCAGAAGGAGAAGAACAGAAAGGUGUGAAAAGGCCACAAGAGGAAUCUGAGAAUAACAAAGUGGAAAGCAUCUCGGGAAAACAAGUCAAAACAGAGCAACAAGGCUGCUGCUCAUCUUACAAGCUAAGCGAUGGCAAUAGUUCUGUUUCUUCAUGUGAAAGCUUUUCUAGCAGAAAGGAAUAUUCAGCAUACUGGGCUCAAGGUCUGAAGGCUUCCAUGAAUAAUCCUGAUAUGCAGGUGUACAAGGAUGAAAGGGCUGUAGUUAUAAAGGAUAAGUAUCCAAAGGCUCGCUAUCACUGGUUAGUGCUACCAUGGCAUUCUAUCCCUACCUUGAGUGCAGUAACACAGGAGCACCUUGAACUCUUGGAACACAUGCACACAGUUGGAGAAAAGAUGAUUGAGCAGUGCCCUGAGAAAGACCGGCUCCGCUUUAGACUAGGCUACCAUGCUAUUCCCAGCAUGAGCCACCUACAUCUUCAUGUUAUCAGCCAAGAUUUUGAUUCUGAGUGGUUCAAAACCAAGAAGCACUGGAAUUCCUUUAACACAGAAUACUUCAUAGAUUCCAAAGAUGUGAUUAAGAUGGUAAAGAAGAAAGGAAGAGUAACUGUAGACAAGAACACUUCCAAAUUCUUGAAACUACCUCUGAAGUGUCAUGUGUGCAAACAGCAACAACCAACUAUCCCUCAAUUAAAAGAGCAUCUUAAGCAACAUUGGCCAAAAUGAUCUGGGGAAUCUCUGACCUAAUCUGUCCCCUGCAGUUGAAGUGUCAGUGUGGGGACCGUUUUACAUUGUCUUAUUAAAUGCAGCAUAAUGUGAGUAUUAGUAUUAUGUCCAGCUUAGUGUGACAAAUUGCAGGUGGUGGUUUGUCAGGUGGAUGCAAUCACCAGAAUGAGUGUAAGAGGACUUCUUGUAGAGGAGACUGUACCUGAUCUUUUGCAACUUUAAAUCCUCACCCCUUGCACUUGAUAUGCCGUUAUCAUACAUAAGCCAGUUUAUAAUUAGUGGGUUAACUAAAAUGCAGCCUGGGUUUAAAUGGCAUUUAUGUGUUAUCUGGCAGCAAGAUGAAAUUUUGCUGCAUAUGUUCAAGACUUCAUUCUCCAUUUCACAGAUGGCUCUCUGGACCCAUUUUCAAAGGAGGGAGAGCAGAGAUUUGUCAGUCAGAUUAAAAUACUAAACAUGAUGUUUCUUGCAUAAUUUGGUAUACCAUUCUACAGUUCAGAUUUGAUCUCUAGCUUUACUUUUAUACCUGUUUAGCCACUGUGAACAUAACACACAUCACAAUAGGACAUCUGACUUCAAGACCUUGUCUCAAGCUUGGAUGCCAGUUCAAAUUCUGCACCUGCUACAUACUUGGUGUGAGCUUGCAGACAUUCAAAAUAAAUUAAAUGUGGUAUCUGAAAUUA